AUGUUCCUCGCCGCCAAUCCAAAGACCUUAGACUUCAUCCAUCUGUUCACAUCAUGCGUCCACCAAGAGAUGAACCCGGUGACCGAGGCUGGUUUGGACCGCUUCCUGCGUCGCUGCACUCAGCUGCAGCACCUCUCGCUCUACUGCCUGCAUCGCUACUGCAAGCUGCCGGAUUCCCUCUCGCUCCUCACCAACCUACGCACCCUCGCUCUCACUGAGCCCUCACCUCUCGAGGCUCCAGGAUUCACGAGAUUGACUUCUCUUACCGCGCUCUCCGUCGACAUGAUUCCACAGCCGGAAGGUCUGAAUUUCGCGAGCCUCACGCAUCUCCCGGCGUUCACCACCCUCGCAUUGUUCAACUACGCAUGGCUGAAAUUACAAGUCGCCGGCUCUCAACCAUUUUCAUUCGCCCAGCUGCCCUGGCUGAAAGCGGGAGUGGAGUUCGACGCGUUCAGUCCGCGAUUCGAGUCGAUGUUUCCGCCGGGAGUCUCCUUCAGCCGUCUCGAGCGGCUGCUUCUUAAAGGUAGCAGUGUCAGCGAGGUGGCACGUCUUCCUGAUGACAUUGGACAGCGGUUGCCACGCCUUCGGCAUCUGAGCUUGUGGGGAUGGAAUAAUGUUCCCGAGCUGCCCGACGAGUUCGCUUCCCUAAGCUGCCUGCGUGACCUGACGAUUUUCUCAUGCGACAUUGUCAGCCUGCCCGAAAACUUUGGAGAGCUGCUUGCUUUGAAAGUGCUGACGCUGAACAGCCUGCCGAUUACGAGCCUCCCAGAUUCGUUCUACCUGCUGACGUCUCUGGAAACCCUCUCCCUGUCUUACUGCAACGAAAUCUUCGAGCUGCCUGCAAGGUUUGGCUUCCUCACCGCACUCAACUCCCUCUUCAUCCUCAACUCGCCGAACCUGAAGCUUCCAGACGACAUCAGCUCUCUCACCAACCUCCACACAUUCCGUCUGAGAGAAAAUUCCCCCCAGCAGCUGCUUCCAUCGUCGUUCACGCAGCUGUCCUCCCUGACAAGGCUCGAGCUCACCCAGUGUGUGCUAGAAGAGCUUCCAGAAGACUUGGGGAAGCUGAGGAAUCUUCGGGAGUUGACCAUCCAGUCGUGCUCCAAGAUUCAGAAGCUUCCAGAUUCUCUUUCUGAUCUUGUCAACCUAAGUGCUCUGAAAGCUAUGGACUGCGACAGCCUUACUUCUAUUCCCUCCAGCUUGAGCAACCUUAGAAGGCUGAAAAUCUUAGCACUAGCCAAGGUCCCCCAGCUUGAACAAGUAUGCACAUCCCUGCCUUCUUCCCUCGAGAUACUCUCCAUAGGAAGCUUCCAGCGCCUCACCCCUCUGCUGGAGCUUCCUUCUCUGCCCAGGCUGAGAAAAUUAACCCUAACUAGCGUUGGGCUCAUGCGGGGACUGGCUGAAAGCAUGACCCUCCCUUCUCUGGAGCACUUAGAGCUGACGCUGGCUGGAGAAGCAGAGGACCUUCCACUGCCUCUGGAACUUCUCUCAAACCUCCGCAGCUUGACAAUCCACAGCACUGGUUGCAUGGAGAGGCUUCCAGAAGGGUUUGGUUUGGCAUUGCGGCAGCUGAGGCGCUUGCCUUUCUUCCGCACGGCAUCGGGGCGUUAUCUCGACUGCGCCAGCUGA